AUGGACACGCAUGGCAUCGACCUGAGCUCGCUAAGCGGAUCGGCGCACUACGACGCCGAUCCACUGAUUCGAGGCCAAGAAACCCACGACGACCUCGCACACCAUCACGACCAACGCCAAGAUGCGAGUGCGGCGCUGCUUCACAACGCCCAGGAGCCUGGAUAUGAUGGGUAUGGAUUCGCAGGGGCAGCACAACAACAGCAACAGCAACAGCAACAAUACCAACAACAACAGCAACAAUACCAACAACAACAGCAUGCAUACCACCAGCAGCAAAUGCCUGCGCAGCCGCCUCCUUACGUCGCAGCGAAUUAUCUAGGACCGCCGAAUGAGCCCGUGAGAUCUUUUCGCGUGCGGAAGCCGACUUGCGGCUUUUGGCACUCAUCAUGGAACAUGUAUCUCUGGCUUGUGGUUGGCAUCUGCUUCGCAGUCGGUCAUCACGCUUUCUAUGCGUCUCUUGACGGCCACCCCGCGGAUGACCAGGUGCGGAUGCUUCGGUACGGGACGAUCCUUGCAUUCAUGGCCAAAGCCAGUUUGGGCGCCGCCGUGAUAUCGGCGUUUCAACAGCGCAUCUGGGCAACGGUGAGAUCGAGGAUAUUGAGCAUCGCCGCGCUCGAUUCAAUGUUCGCGGCCACUGAGAACCUCAUCGCGUUUCUGAACUGGGAAUUUCUCAAGGGCGCCAAGGCUACUGCUGCCCUUGCGCUCUUCGUCUGGCUCUCUCCGUUGGUGGUCAUCCUCACGGCCAACACGCUUCUUGUGCAACCUGAAGUCACGAUCCAGAAUGCCACGUGCCCUGGCGUCCGCAGCUUGAACUUCGCCAUGGAAGAGACUGCUGACUGGCGCAAGCCCGUCCGCAUCGACGGCCUCUAUGAGAUGCCGCUGUCCUUCUGGAACACCACUAAGCCGUCUGAGGAGGAUCCUCCGGGAUGGUUUGACUACUACACCGGGCCUAGUCCAAACUUUCAGCAGACAGCGACCCUUGGCGCUUACUUUCAGGAAGUUGUAUCGCGAAAGAACGCCUCUGUUGAAGUCUGCAGUAAGGGUUGGAACUGCACUUUUGAAAUCCAGUUCAUUGCUCCCGGGUACAAGUGCACAGAGCUGGCCAGCGGGGUUGGCUCGAAACCUACGAAUCUCACCCAACAGUCGGGCCAAGCGACGUCGCCAUUCGGCACUGACAUCCUCCUUCCCAACGGAACCUUUGCAUACUACGCAUUCACGAGUGGAGGAGAAUACUCGACGACACAGAUCAGAGACGUCGACAUCGGCGGUAUCCCGAAGAUGGAUCCGCCAUACCCGGAGCACAUGGGGGCCUUCCGGACAGAGCCAAUCAUCUGGAUAGGCCACGUCGUGACGGGAAACACAUCUUCGGGCGGAACCGACGUCGACUUCACUCCCAAGAUCUUUGCUUGUGAGCACUAUGAGACCGACUACACAGCCGUCUUCAACUACACGGAUGCUACGCAGUCAGCAUACAUGAAGAAGAGCAAAUUCCUCCGCCCAAUCAUCAACACAACAUACAUCCCCCACGUCGACGCAGACGACGGCACGGCGGACAACGUUACCGCCACCCCUACAUCAAACUACAUCCUCCCAACCGACGUCGCGAACUACCGCCGCACGGCAGCAUACCACUCCCUCGGCUUCAUGCUGCGCAAGUUCCUCAAUGGCACCGUCCAGACCGAUAAAGCGCUCGUCAACCCCGUAACGAACACCGACGCGAUCCAGACGAAGCUUCUCGACCCGCGCAACAACUACUUCCCCCACGAGAACCUGAUGGAGAUGGUGCAAGGUUUCUACGAGGACCUCAUCCUGUCUAUCUUCUCCAUGCCCCAGUUCGUACCGGUUGUCUGGGCAGCCCAGCCCACCGAGAUGACGGGCCAGCUCCUCGAGGGCGGCGGUCCCGGCAACAGGUCAUCAUACAUGUACGGCUGCCAGCGCUCACGGAUGGCGAACUUGUACAGCUACCACGCGCGCGACCUGUGGAUUGUCUACGCGAUUGCGAUAUUCCUCGCCAUGUCGUGUGUGGCGGCCGGUGCGCUGGCGAUUCGGGAGAACGGCGGGGUGCUGCGCAACACGCGCUUCUCGAGCAUCGUCGCCGCCACGCGCGGACCUGCGUUGGAGAAGGUGAAGUGGGAAGGUCCCGAUCGGGAUCGCGGCGAUGUACCGAAGGAUGUGAAGGAAUUGAAGAUUGGGGACGGAUGGAAGAUACCCCCAGCAGAGCAGUCCGGGCUGGUCGCCUAA